CCGUUGGCUGCCUCCGGGGGAAGGCUAAGCAGGCGCCCAUUUCCUCCUGCCCGCUUUGGCCGCCUCGCCAGCAUCCUCCGCCAGCCUUUGCAGCGGGCAAGGAAGGCGAGGCGAGGAGAGGAGAGGAGCCCCUGCAGAUCCCCAGCCUCGCCGCCCUCCUCCUCCUCCGUUUUCGGCGCAACAGGACGAAGAGUGGCGGCUCGGAGGCCAGGCGCGCGCCAGCAGCAGCAGCCCCGUCUCUUCUCCUGCCUCCGCUGAAAGGGCAGCGUCCUUGGCUGGGAAGAGCCAUGACCGCGGAAAAGACCAUCCCCAUCAUCAACGGGAAGCCGGAGGAUGCCCUGGACCCCGAAGCCUCCAGCACCACCUUGGUCCACAGCAACGACAAGAAGGUGCACGAGCGGGGCCACUGGAACAACAAGGUGGAGUUUGUGCUCUCCGUGGCCGGGGAGAUCAUCGGGCUGGGCAACGUCUGGCGCUUCCCCUACCUCUGCUACAAAAAUGGAGGAGGUGCUUUUCUCAUACCCUACGUGGUUUUCUUUAUUUGCUGUGGAAUACCAGUGUUUUUCCUGGAAACUGCAUUGGGACAAUUCACGAGUGAAGGAGGAAUUACUUGCUGGAGAAAAGUGUGCCCAUUGUUUGAAGGUAUUGGAUAUGCUACCCAGGUUAUUGAGGCACACUUGAAUGUUUAUUACAUCAUCAUUCUAGCAUGGGCUAUCUUUUAUCUGUUCAACUGCUUUACUACUGAGCUUCCUUGGGCAACCUGUGGACAUGAAUGGAAUACUGAGCAUUGUGUGGAAUUUCAAAAACUUAACAUGAGCAAUUGCACUCAACAACAUUUGAAGAAUGCUACUUCUCCAGUCAUGGAAUUUUGGGAACGCAGAGUGCUGGCCAUAUCAAAUGGGAUUGAACACAUUGGAAAUCUUCGUUGGGAGCUGGCGCUCUGUCUACUGGCUGCCUGGACUAUCUGCUACUUUUGCAUUUGGAAAGGAACAAAGUCAACUGGCAAGGUUGUAUAUGUAACUGCUACAUUUCCUUACAUCAUGCUUUUGAUUCUGCUAAUUCGAGGAGUAACACUACCUGGAGCUUCUGAAGGGAUAAAAUUCUACUUGUACCCUGACUUAUCUCGACUUUCCGACCCUCAGGUCUGGGUGGAUGCUGGAACACAGAUCUUUUUCUCUUAUGCCAUCUGUCUGGGAUGCUUGACAGCCCUAGGGAGCUACAACAACUAUAAUAAUAACUGUUACAGAGACUGCAUUAUGUUGUGUUGUUUGAACAGCGGCACAAGCUUUGUUGCUGGUUUUGCCAUCUUUUCUGUCCUUGGCUUUAUGGCAUUUGAACAGGGGGUACCCAUAGCAGAAGUUGCAGAAUCAGGGCCUGGACUAGCUUUUAUUGCUUAUCCAAAAGCUGUGACAAUGAUGCCUCUUUCUCCAUUAUGGGCAACAUUAUUUUUCAUGAUGCUCAUAUUCCUUGGAUUAGACAGUCAGUUUGUGUGCGUUGAAAGUCUUGUGACAGCUGUAGUGGAUAUGUAUCCGAAGGUUUUCCGGAGGGGAUACAGACGAGAACUGUUGAUUCUUGCUCUUUCAAUCGUGUCCUUUUUCCUUGGUCUAAUAAUGUUAACAGAGGGUGGAAUGUAUGUUUUCCAGUUGUUUGACUCCUAUGCAGCCAGUGGGAUGUGCCUUCUCUUUGUUGCCAUAUUUGAAUGUGUUUGUAUCGGCUGGUUUUAUGGAAGUGAUCGUUUUUAUGACAACAUUGAAGAUAUGAUCGGUUACAGACCACUGCCAUUGAUUAAAUGGUGCUGGAAGUUGCUCACGCCUGGAAUCUGUGCCGGAAUAUUCAUCUUUUUCUUGGUGAAAUACAAGCCACUGAAGUACAACAACAUAUAUACGUAUCCAGAUUGGGGCUAUGGUAUUGGAUGGAUGAUGGCUCUUUCCUCAAUGGUUUGCAUUCCUUUGUGGAUCUGUAUUCAGCUGUGGAAGACAGAAGGAACCAUCUUAGAGAGAUUCAGAAAAUUGAUUGUGGCCAGCCCAGACCUGAAAAUGAGAGGAAAGCUUGGAGCUGGCUUAUAUGCUGCUACAGUAAAUGACUAUGAUGCCAAACUGAAAGGUGAUGGCAACAUUUCAGCCAUCACAGAAAAAGAGACGCACUUCUGAAAGAACUUUAUUUUGAUUAUUUUUGUAUAAAUAAAGUAAAUAAAAGAAAUACUUCACUUAA